AUUUUACGCUGUGCUCGCUCUGGUCACUUUGUCAGUGAAUCAGAAACGCAGACUAAUUAGUAAAAACGGUACAAAAGAACACUUAAUUGCUGAAAUUUCACCUGCCGCAGCCCAUUAAAACCACCAGCCAAGUGUCGAGAGAUAGAAAAUCCAAAGAUCCCCUCACAGUCACCCAAAAACAGCGCCGCAAAGUGGACAACUCCCAGUUUUCCGAGCAUCCCGAAAAGGAGCAUCGUGACAAAAAGGCGAGACUUCGUCGCAGCAGAAUGUCCUCGCUGUCCGCAUCGGCGGAGAAUGUGUCCAGUCUGGGACUGGGCGCCGGUGGGGCCAACUCCCACGACGGGAACUCCCAGCAGGGGUCGGGAUCGGAUGGAGGAUCCAGCAUGUGCCUGGAGUUGGCACUGGAGGGCGAACGCCUGUGCAAGGCGGGCGAUUGCCGGGCGGGCGUGGCCUUCUUCCAGGCGGCCAUUCAAGCCGGAACCGAGGAUCUCCGCACUCUGUCCGCCAUUUACUCCCAACUGGGCAACGCCUAUUUCUACCUGGGUGACUACAACAAGGCGAUGCAGUACCACAAACACGACCUUACGCUGGCCAAGAGCAUGAACGACAGACUGGGCGAGGCCAAGUCAUCCGGCAAUCUGGGCAACACGCUGAAGGUCAUGGGUCGCUUCGACGAGGCGGCCAUCUGUUGUGAACGCCAUUUGACCCUCGCCAGGCAGCUGGGAGAUCGCCUGUCGGAGGGACGUGCCCUUUACAACCUGGGAAAUGUCUACCACGCCAAGGGCAAGCAUUUGGGUCAAAAAAACCCAGGGAAAUUCGGCGACGAUGUCAAGGAGGCGCUCACCCGUGCUGUGGAGUUCUACCAGGAGAACCUGAAGCUCAUGCGGGAUCUGGGAGAUCGUGGUGCCCAGGGACGAGCUUGUGGUAACUUGGGGAACACCUACUACCUUUUGGGCGACUUCCAGGCGGCCAUCGAGCACCACCAGGAGCGACUGCGCAUCGCCAGAGAGUUUGGCGAUCGAGCUGCCGAGCGGAGGGCCAACAGCAAUCUCGGCAACUCCCACAUUUUCCUGGGACAAUUCGAGGAUGCCGCCGACCACUACAAACGCACUUUGGCCUUGGCCGUGGAGCUGGGCGAGCGCGAGGUGGAGGCCCAGAGCUGCUAUAGUCUGGGGAACACCUAUACUCUGCUGCACGAGUUCAACACUGCCAUCGAGUACCACAAUCGGCACUUGGCCAUUGCCCAGGAGCUGGGAGAUCGGAUUGGCGAGGCAAGGGCCUGCUGGUCACUGGGCAACGCCCACUCCGCCAUCGGUGGACACGAGCGAGCGUUGCGCUAUGCGGAGCAGCACUUGCAGCUGGCCAAGGAGCUGCAUGAUCCCGUGGGCGAGAGCACAGCCAGGGUGAACAUCUCAGAUCUGCGAAAGCUGCUGGGAUUGCCCGAGACGGAGCCGUCGCCAACAGAGGAGGAAGCGCGAUCCUCCGCAUCGGAUCACUCGGCCAGUGGUCAUCAGUCGGACGGAUCGGAGAACUCGCAGGGAAGAAUGGUGCGCGUUCGUCGCCAGAGCAUGGAGCAGCUAGACCUGAUCAAGAUCACGCCGGACGGAAAGCGCAUGCAGGAGGAGAAGCGCCGCGCACAGGCGACUGGAAAAGCCAAAGAUGACGACUUCUUCGACAUGCUGUCGCGGUCGCAGUCGAAGCGCAUGGAUGACCAGCGCUGUUCGAUCAAGGUGAAUCCCGCUGGAGCUCCGGCGGUGGCCACGGGCGCUACUCGCAAGCCACUGGUGCAGCAGAACUCGCUCUUCGUGGAUCCCACCAAUCUGCCCGGCCUAAAGUCGCCCUCGUCGGCGAAUUCGGCGCCUAUUGGGCACGGGCAUUUGGCCAGGAGUGCCACCACCACUCAGCAGCCGGACGAUGACUUCCUGGACAUGCUGAUGCGCUGCCAGGGCUCGCGGCUGGAAGAGCAGCGGUCCGAGCUGCCGCGUCCCAAUGUCACCAUGGAUGCUGAGGCGGAGGCGCCACCGCGAGCAGUGCCAGAGGCAGCGGUGGCUGGAGCAGCACGUGGACAGACUGGACGCGGAGCCACCGUGCCCGACGAGGACUUCUUCUCGCUGAUCAUGAAGGUGCAGAGUGGUCGCAUGGAGGAUCAGCGCGCAUCGAUUCCGUUCCGCAAUGCCAACAACAACAACAACAGCCGGAGCAACAACAAUGGUUCGGCUGGCGGAGCUGGAAAGUAGAAAGUAAAGAGGAGAGAGUCGAGAAAAAAGUCCAACCAAAACAAUCCUAUCAAUCCAUCCCAGACCGCAGCUCCCGAUUCAUUUUGUUAAACGUACAUUUUGCGGUCCUAUAUUCAGUCGUUUCUUUUUUGCAAUUGGCGACUUAACAUUUUGUUCUUUUACAAGAUUUAUAUAUACACACACACAUGAAAAGCAUUAAUUUAUGAAUAGCAACUAACCACGUAACCAAAUAUUAGGGGAUUAUAUGGCCCCGUAGACACGAGCAGAUGGAGAAACUUCCAUGGGAUGCACUCACUCAUCCAGUCAUGACUCAUUACACACUCGUCUUGGAGUUGGCCAUGAUAUUAAACAAUCUGCACUCGAGUUUUACGAUAUUAACGUUUGAAUUGCAUGUGCAAGUAGCUUAAGCCGAAGGUAUACUAAUCCAAUUUGCUCAAUAGACGGAACCAAGUCUUCUCUAUGAUCAAUGAUCUUACAUUCUCUAACCGCAUUCAGCUAAUUACUAAGUUAAAAGUAUAACGAACCACUCUACAUAUAAGCAAUGCAUUUUCCAAAUCGAAAUACUACAAAUAUUUCCAACUGUAUCCAUGAGUAUUGCAUUUUUCUAUCUAUCGUUAACUCUGAGCAUACUUUUUAAGCCACUUACAAUUUUUUUGAGAUAUUAACAAGACACAAAGAAGAGCUGCUCGGGUUUCCAUUUGAGGACCGGCGCUUUUGUUAGCAAUUAGCAUACGAUUUACACAUCCAUACGUACACAUAUACAAGAUACAUAUGAACAAUAUAUAGUUAUACCAAUUUCUAACAAUUGACCGAUUCGGGGAUUGUUCUACACAAUAUAUACACAAAACAAAACACAAAACUGAGUUCGAGUUGCAUGAAAAGAAGCCAAAAUUUAUUAAUGUUAUACGUUUAUGUAGCACGAAAGGAGGUGCGCUCAUGAAGCUAAUUGUAAUGAUAGCGAUCGAUCGGUCAUUAUGAUAUACAGCUGUAAAACAUACCAUACAGGCGGACAAAUAUGUCAUGUAUUAUUAAAUAUUAAAAUCAAAAAUUGUUUGCUGACAA